ACUUUAUUUGUAUGGGGAAGAGUUUUAUUGUAAUCUUUCCCUAUAUUUUAGACUUUAAUGAGUUUUUCAUAGACAGUUAUAAAAAUAAUUAAAACAACGUUAAUGUGUACAAAUGGAUUAUAUACGAGGGAGUUGAAAAGAAGAGUCUGCUCUCCUCCAUCCUUCUCCCUUCUCCCUUCUCCCUUCUCCCUUCUCCCUUCUCCCUUCUCCCUUCUCCUAGUAAGUCCUUUGGUGUUUGAAAUGAGUUCAAUUGGUAUAGUGUCUUUGAAGUUCAAUUCUCCCUUAAGAAAUAGGAAAAAAAAGCCUCGUCUAAUUUGAAAAUGUUAAUAAAAAUACUUAAUAACAAAAAAUGAAAAUAUAACAAGAUUACACUCAAUAUGGACUGUCCACGAACAAAAUCUUACCUUAACUCAAGAUGAAAACUUUCUUUUCAAAUAUUUAUACAAACGUAUAUGAAAAACUCAAAUUUAAAUGGCUACGCCAUCGCAUAUCGAACAAACUAAAAAACUUGUUAGUCUUAAUAUAACUCAAUAGCUGUAAACUUAUACAUGCAAUUGAGUAGAUUAAGGCAUUGAUCUUCAAUUACGAAAUAAGUGAUUCGAGGAACGAAAUAAGUGAUUCGAAUUCUCCUCGAGUGACAAACUAAAGAACUUAUUAGCCUUAACACAUAUAACUCAGUAGUUGCGAACCUAUGCAAGUAGUUGAAUAUGUUAAAAUAUUCUUAUUUGAGUUCUCGUGUUCACAUAUUGAACUUGUAAGAAAAAUAGUUGUUGGAAAAGAAGAAAAAAAACAAUGUUCUAUUUUAUUGGUUAAAGGUAAAUUUUUUUUGUUUAGUUCAACAUGUGAGGGGAAAGGGUUCAACUUCAGUUAAUAGGGUGAAUGGCGUUCAAAUUCCUACCUCCAAAAUUGCAGUGUUAUUAUAUUCUUCCAUCCUUAAAGGGAAAACACACAAAAAACUAAAACUUAUGAAAUUCAUUGAACUAAUAUUUCAACCAAAAAUGUGUAAUUAAACAUGGAAAAUUGGCAGUCCAAAUUCCUAUCGACAUCUUUGACGUUCAAACUCAUCAGAUGCAUGGCACUAUUAGUCCUUAGUUGUAUAUUAAUGUAUCAAAUUAAUACAGAAAUAAAAAGGAAAUAAAUAAAGAUUAAUAAAUAGAGGAAACAAAAAGCAAAAAUACAGACGGUUUCAAAUGCAUUUCUUCCUCUCCUUCAUCACAUUCCAUAUUUAAUUCUUCAUCUCUAUAAAAAUUCAUGAUUCUCUUCAUUUUCUACAUAUCAAAAUGAGAACUCAAAGUCAAAACCCUCUAAUGGCAAUUUUCUUUGCCUCUUUCAUGUUCCUCUUCUUCCUAACACAUGCCCAAAACUCCCCUCAAGACUACAUUGCCCUACACAACAAAGCUCGGGCCGCAGUCGGCGUCGGUCCCAUGACAUGGAACAGCACUGUCGCUGCCUACGCUGAAGCCUACGCCAACCAAAGGAUAAAAGACUGCGCCUUGGUUCACUCUAAAGGACCAUACGGUGAAAACAUAGCUGUUGGCUACUACCCCGAGUUCACCGGUGCGGAUGGCGUAAAGUUGUGGGUGGCAGAAAAGCGUUUAUACGAUUAUGCAUCGAACUCAUGCAAGGGUGGCGACUGUGGACACUAUACUCAGUUGGUGUGGCGAACCUCCGUGCGUCUUGGAUGUGCAAGAGUGGCUUGUAAAGGAAAAUCGCAGUUCGUUGUAUGCAACUAUGAUCCUCCUGGCAACUAUAUAGGAUUAAGACCCUAUAAUUCUCCAAUGUAAAACAAAGAAUUCACUCGGUGUGCAAUCCACUUGAUCACCUGUUAAAUCAAAUAUUGUCUAUUUUCACAUCGAUGUUAAUCAUUUAACGUUUAUGGAAGA